AUGCUGACAAUUUUCAAUCUGCUUGUUUUUACAACGAAUGAAUUCAUAGUCAUUCGCUAUCCGCUUCAUUAUCGACGAUACGUUCGACGGAAAACUGUCUUAGCGACUCUCAGCUGCUGUUGGGUCGUUAGCGUAAUUAUGGGUCUUGGAUUGCUUGUUCCGCCAUCGUCGCCUUAUCUUCCCACGACUGACGAGAAGCCGUGGCACAUCGACAUAGCGACGCUAAGCAUGUUGAUGAUUUCCUUACUGUGUUUUCUCGUUCUCGCCAUCGUCGUGGUGCGCUGA